CUUGCCAACUAGAUGAUAUAAAUGUUAUGGAAAAGGUGCAGUCACGGAAUUUUGGAAUUUCAAUGUCUGAUCUGGUAUUGAACUGUGUAUAGCUAUAGGCAAUUUACCCGUAAUAUCAUUAUAUCAUCUGUUUAUCUAAUCAACUAAUGUUGUAUAUAUCAAACCACUCUUUUUCCCUGUUCUUAGGCGCAGACCCUGCCAUGCAAAAAAUGGUCUUUUGCGAAAUGAUACAGUUAACUAGCUAGCUAGCUAAGCUAGCUAGCUACAAAAACAGAAAUUUUGAAUCGACCAUUUAAUAAUGUCCAUUUCAUAUCCCUAUUGGUUGCACGUGCCACAUGUUUUACGCUUGCCUUUCUGAUGGGCUAGCUAAUAGUUAUGUAUAGCUUAGUUAUGUAUAGCUAGAUAUAGCUAGAUACUUUAUAAUGGCUAGACUUUUUAGAAUACCACCUGUCAUUUUAAUUUUACAAUUAAAUUAACCUACAUGACCAACGCGUAGGCCAACAAAAAUAAAAAAGAGAAUAAAAUCCAAGUAAUAAUAAAAAUAACAAACACAAAAAUAUAAUAAUUAAAAUUAAAUAACAAAAAACUACAGUAACAAUCCAAACCACAAAAAGGAAAUACAUGUACAAACCAACGCGACCUACGCGACCAACGCGUACACCUGAAAUUGCAAUGUAAAGGUUUCUUCGCGCAUAAAAGCAAUGCAUUGCAAUCACGUCCGUUAUUAACGAUAGCUUUCUCCUAAAAUUGCAAUGCAAAGGUUUCUUCGCUUAUAAAAGCAAUGCAUUGCAAUCACGUCCGUUAUAUUAACGACAGCUUUAGCGACGAACGGCCGACGUAACAAUAUAGCUUCUUUACUGUAUUAACAAAGAAUUAAAAUGUCUAUAAAAACAAUCAUAAAAUCACAAUCGGAUGAAACUUGGGCAGAACUAAAUAAGAAACUCAUGGAGCAUGAAAUAAACUACAAUAAAGUUUUGACAGAACCUUUGUAUCAGUUCAUUGACGCCAUCGCUAAGUCCGUCGGAACAAAUAUCGGAUUCGUAUUACCUUCAAUUUUAACUACAAUUAAUUACUUAGCAUCAAGCCAAAAUUUCAAUUGCGAAAUAAGAGAUGGUUAUGCUGUUAAUUUGAAUACGUUCUUCUUAUUCGCGGGACAACCAUCGACAGGGAAAAGUCCAGCAAUCAAAGUCAGCGUCAGUAAUCCUUUAACAGGUUUGGAUUUACAUAAGGAAUUAAUUUCCUGUUCUACAUCAUCCGGUUUAACAAAGUUAUUAUCAAAAAUACAAAGAGCAUUUAUUGUUAAUCCAGAGAUUCAGGAAUAUCUGCUAAAAAUAAUUAAACAAAAUGACGAAAAUGCGGCGAGCGAUGUCGAAAUAUUAUGCAAAGUUUUUAGCGGAGAAUCUUGCACCUUCAAUUAUGGGACUGAAAACAGAAGAGAGAUUUCAUCUGACACCACACUAUGUAUAUUAGGUGCAACUCAGAUCAAGACAUUGGCAUUAUUGUUAUCAAAAAUGGAUAUGGGCAAUGGCCUAAUCGAUAGAUUUAUAAUUUCUAUACCAACAUGUUAUCGACCAUUGCCAGAAGAACAAUCACAAGCUAGCACUUUUUUAAAAACCAAAAAUUUUAAAAUAGAUGACAUCUACGAAAAGUUAGCAAAAACAAGUUCUGAAAACACACAAUUUUAUUUCGAUGACGAUGCUCAAAAAAUGUUUGAUGAAAUGGAGAAAAACUUUCUCAUCGAACUCAAUGACAAUUUAAAAAAUGGCAGACCAACUCAGAAAAAUAAAACAACGGACGUCAUUCCAAAAUUAGCUGUUGCUAUUCAUUUGUUGGAGCAUAUUUUUUUGCAAAUAAAUUCUGGAAGAAAUAAUACAACAUUUCCAGAAUCAAUCACCUUACAAACCAUGCAAAAAGCUUAUUAUUAUUCUCAAAUGUUGACCGAACAAAAAGAAUUUUUCAAUGGUUUUGUUUCAGACAUGGUUUGCGAAAAAAAAAUUAAAACCAUCAAGCCACCAACUUUGAAAGAUUACACCAUUGCACUGUUAAAUAUGCAAGGUCGAAUUGUCACCUACCGGUCGUAUAAACAAUGUGCAUCUAAAAGGUUGAGAUCAAUGAUAUCAAGUGACUACAAAAAAAUAUGUGAAGACUUAGUAAUGAUUAAUGCUGGGAAGUUGAAUUCAGUGAGAUUGAAUGGUCAGAGUGAAGAGUCAUAUAUUUUCGUUAAGUUGCCGUACGACGAAUUACCAGAGGAGGUCAAAUCAAAAAUGCAAAAAAAUACUUACCUAACGAAAUAUGAAAUGAAUUCCCCGAAAAGCAUCACGCAAAACAUUAUUGACGCGGUGCAAGACAUCUUUCAAUAAAAUAUUUUUUUUAUUUUCAUUUUCAUUUUAUUUUCAUUUUCAAAGUUAAGUAAUAAGGAUUAUCGUUGCGUUUGUAAGUAAUGAAAACCAAUCAAAUCCUUGCCUUUAAUAACAAAUUUAUAUUUUCUUUAGCAAUAGGGUUGUUACAGAGUGUCUUACACACGUAUUGUCAAUAAGUUUUUUUUCACAUAAUGUAAUAAAAUUAAAAAAUUUCAUUGGUUUAACCUUGGAGGAAAGAAUUAACUAAUACGCUAUAGCUAAAAUCAAAUAAUCUACAAAUAAAAACGCACUUCUAUUUUUCCUAAGAAACGGUUGUUAAAGUGAUGCCAUAAAAGAAUUUGUUUACUUUUAAAAUUUUUAUUAUGUUUGUGCAUCUUUACUUUGUUAAUUUUUAUUAGAUUUAUUCUCAAUGAUUGCCUAUCAGAGUUGAAUGUUAUUUAGAAAGGUUACAAAUAAUGACUUAAUACAUGACCUACAUUUUCAAGAAA